CAUGUAUACCAUAAUAAAAAAAGAUUAUUUAUGAGCAUAGUAUGAACUAAUAUUUCCAAUUUUAAGAAUAAUAUUUAGGGAGUGCAUUCAGGAAAGCUAUCAUCAAAACCAAGAAGAUGCAGAAUCCUAACGAAGAUACAGAAUGGAAUGAUGUUUUACGAGCAAAAGGGAUCAUUCCUCCCAAGGAAAAGGAAGUUUCGGAGCAGGAUAUAGUUAACAUGAUCGAGGACACUAUUCAAAAGAAACAGGCAGAAAAGGAUCAGCAACUAUCAGAACUCGAUUUAGAUGGCCUUGAUGAAUUAGAAGACUCAGAAGAUGAGGCAAUUCUAGAGCAGUACAGACAAAAGUGUAUCGCUGAGUUGAAAAAGUUAGCUGAGAAGCCAAAGUUUGGUGAUGUGCGAGAAGUCUCCGGUCAGGAUUAUAUUCAGGAAGUAAAUAAAGCAGGCGAGGGCAUCUGGGUGGUCAUACACUUGUACAAACAAGGGAUUCAACAAUGUGCACUAAUAAAUCAGCACAUGAGGCAGCUGGCGGCCAAGUUUCCCUACACCAAGUUCCUGAAGGCUGUGGCGCAGACCUGCAUCCCUAACUUCCCAGAGAGAAACCUGCCCAGCCUGUUUGUUUACUUUGAGGGUGACAUGAAGAAGCAGUUUGUAGGACCGCAUGAACUAAGAGGAACAGCACUCACUUGUGAUGAAUUAGAAUACAUCCUCGGCCAGGUCGGUGCAGUGGAUACUAAGAUCAAAGAGGAUCCUAAACCAAGGAUAAAAGACAAGCUGUUCACAGACCUUGGAUCCAAUGACUGGUGAUGACAGUUGGUUGCAACUGUACGCUUAAGAAUGCUAGUUUUAUAUUAUUUAUUUUUUAGAGUUUAUGUACUUACUCAAAGUAUUUAACUUAUUGACUUGAGGUGAAUUUGUAUUAAUAU